CACAUUGCCACUUCAACACUGUGGAUCCUGUCUGGCAGCUGGACGGUACUGAAGUUGUCUUAAGUCGAAAGUUUGUACUUUUUAAAUAUCUUUUGGUGUAAAAAGAAACACCACCAUGGCGGAACUACGUUUCGUGAUCUCCAUGUCCGUGGUGACCCUGUUUUGGGGCAUUAUUGGAGGAGUGGUGCCCUGGUUCAUCCCCAAAGGACCAAACAGAGGAGUGAUAGUCACAAUGCUGGUAUUGACUGCAGUAUGCUGCUACCUGUUCUGGCUGAUAGCAAUGCUCGCCCAACUGAACCCACUCUUUGGGCCUACUCUGUCCUCUGACACCAUCUGGUACCUGAACUAUCACUGGCCUUAAUCUACCUUUCCAGGACUCCUGACCAUGCAGCAGGGAAGGACCUGACACUGCUGCAUACCAAUGGACGUCUGCUUCUCACUUAACGCAGAGAUCAUUCCUUCUGAAUCACCUUAAAGUCAGGUCUCUGUGUGAUUACUGAGUGAUGCCCACACUGGUGCCUUGUACAGAAAUGAUUUCCAAAGGACUUCUGAGAGAUCUCACCGAAUGUGCUUUACUUUAAAUUAAAGCAACCUCCACUUGGUGUUGUUUGGCUUACGCGUUAUGUAUAUUGUGUUUAUUGCUGUUGUUAAUAUGAAUGACCGUGCGUAUAAAUAGUUCAUGUGUGUUGUGUUUGAUGCCGUCUCUUUUUUGUCUGAUGAUAUCAGUGAUGGAUGUAAUCCAUUCCAUAGAUGUUAAUUAAUAAACUAAUAAUCAGUAUUGGUCCUGCCUAAUUUGCCUAAUUUUUGAAUGUAACUUAAAGUAUGAAUGAUAUGACUUAAUUUUCCCAGUCAAUAAUGUCAUUGUAGAUAUGAUAAUUUCUCCUUAUUAUGUUAACAUUCAGUUAGUGGUAAUUUAGUUUGGUCCUUGUUUACUAUUCUCCAAAAGUAUGCCACAUAAUAAAGAACAGAUACAA